AUGGAGCACUUUUGGCAGAGCUCCUUUGCAAACUUAUCGAACCUGUUCCACAACACCACCAUGCAACCGAACGCCUCUGGGAAUUACACCACUGACCAAUCCAUGGACGACAAUCUCUCUGAGAUCCUGGGUCCACAGCGAUCUCCCUUCUUCCUCCCUGUGACUCUUGUUUACCUCUUCAUCUUCCUCACCGGCUUGUCAGGAAACCUGCUCACCUGUGUAGUGAUCGCCAAACACAAGAAGAUGCGUAACCCCACCAACCUUUACCUGGUGAGCCUGGCGGUGUCAGACCUCCUUGUGCUUUUGUUUGGGAUGCCCCUGGAAAUUUAUGACCUGUGGCAGAACUACCCGUUCCCUUUCGGCGAGGGAGGCUGCUACUUCAAGACCUUUCUCUUUGAAACCGUGUGUUUCGCCUCCAUCCUGAACGUCACGGCCCUCAGCGUGGAAAGGUACAUAGCGGUGGUGCACCCACUCAAAACACGCUACCUGUCUACUAACCAGCAUGCCAAGCGAGUCAUCACCAUUGUGUGGGCGGUGUCUAUGGUAUGUGCCAUACCCAACACCUCGCUGCAUGGCAUCUUCUACCUCCCGGAGAGGAUGGAGGAGUCGGCCAUAUGCACUGUACUAAAACCCCUGUGGAUCUACAACUUAGUCAUGCAGAUCACCACCGUCUGCUUCUAUUUUAUACCCAUGAUGGUGAUCAGCGUGCUGUACCUGGUGAUGGGUGUUCAUCUGGCCAAGGAGAGGCGCCGGUCCUGUGGGACGCUUGGAAAAAAUUGCGAUUCCAGCACUCGAUGGAAGGUCCAUGUGGAGAACGGACGCAGGAGACAAGUCACAAAGAUGCUCUCGAUUGUAGUGGCGGUGUUCGGAGUCUGCUGGGCGCCCUUCCACAUCGAGCGUCUCCUGUGGAGCUCCAUCAAACAGUGGACCGACCUGAUGCAUGACAUCUAUCAGUGUGUCCACAUCUUAUCGGGCAUCUUCUUCUACCUCAGCUCCGCCGUCAACCCCAUCAUCUACAACCUGCUCUCCACACGUUUCCGGGAAUGUUUCAGAGAGCUCGUGUGCUCCCAUGCGGAGGACAGCAGCUCGGUUAGGGACUCCCCGCCCUUUCCUAAGAUUUUACUGGACUCGUCCGUGUCAGCGUCCAGAGCUCAGGUCAAGGGUAAGAACUCCACCGCGUUUGUCCCGUUGCUGUCACCUAACAUGUCGCUAAGCAUAGACGCUACAGUCCUGACAUGUACAUGUAAAGAGACUGACUGCAUAACCUCUGGGUUUUAA